AUGCCCUCAUUCUUCAGUAAAAAGACCCGCUCCCAGCAGGCUGCGGGCGAGUCUCCAUCGGGCUCAACAUCUCUUCCUUCAGGACGACCACUACUACCCGACGACUCAUACCAGCUUCUUCUCCUUCAACAACAACAACAGCAACAGCAAUCCUUACAAGAAGAUUACUCCGAUAGAAGAUUUGAUUUGACGCGUCGUCCUUCCGAGCCGUUUGCCGCCCAUCGGUUUCAUGUUGGUGGUAGUCAUUCCCCGCACAACGUUCCGUAUUCAGAGUUAAGGUACGUACAACCAGACAAUCAACAACAACAACAAUAUCGUCACCCUGCGCACCACAAUCCAAGUCAACUAUCUCUCGAACGACCGACGAUCAGCUUGGUGUCUCCUCCUCAGCAGCAACAACAAUUCACCAAUCAAUCCGAUUAUCAGGCCAGUCCUGAUCGGGCGAGAAAUUCAAUUGAUCAACAACACUGGUCUACAAGUGUACACAAUAAUUCGUCCCCGGAUUUACUUCAGGAUACUUCUGCUGCUACCGGCGGGCAGAAACUACAAAAGAAGAAAAAGGGAUUUUUCAGUCGGAAUCAGAGCGUUGCGUCGGGUAGUCCGCCAACAGCAACGAAACAACAUUCGACAGGAGGAAAGAAGGAGAGAUCGCUUGGUCGCUCGGCGUCGAUUAAGCAUUCGUUUGGACGGGAGAGUUUUGUGCAUCCGUCGGCGGGAUCGGAUUAUGGGAGGAUAGUGACGACGACGACGACAGGUGGACAAUCAGGGCAUAGUCAGAGUCAGUCGACGUUGAGUCAAAGCCAGCAGUUUGAGUCGGAGACGGCAUCGUUACGGCCUCCAACGGCAGAUACGCCUGUUAGUCCGGGGCGGAUAAGUCAACCGCAUACCCCGAUUGAUAGUACGCAACGGUUGGGGGUGGAUAGCACUCAUUCCGGGUGGCAGCAUAGGCGAUCCGAGAGUUUUGAGUCAAUUCCUAGUCAGACAUCCUCUCGUCGACCUUCUAUUCAUCAAAGUCUUGAUCAAUCAGUAAACGACAUGGCUACCGCACAACAAACAGGUACACGACCGACGGAUCCACAGUCCCAGAACCCCGUUCGUAAGGAUUCGGUCGUGUAUCAACAGAAUACGUCAGGGUCAUCAUUCAAGGGUGAUGCCUCACAGCAGGAUACGCAGGGUCGUGAGACGCCGACGUCAACACAGUCGGAGGCGCUGGAUGUUGCGGCUUUGAUUAAGAGGCAUGAAGAACUUCAAGUCAAAUAUCAAAAAGUUAAGAGGUAUUAUUUCGAGAAAGAUGCGCAGGUCACACAGCUCCAGAAUACGGUGGCUCAUCAGCGAAUGGCCGUUUCUCGUACCGUCUUGGACGAUAACGAAUACACGGCACGCUUCAAUCGUCUUGACGGCGCAAUCAAAGAUUUGGCAUUUUCUAUACGAAAGAAUUGGCGAACCAUCCCCGAUUGGUUACACCCAUUUAUCAACGAAGAUGCAGUUUCCCUCGGCCAGAAAGAGAUGACCGGCGUCGGUCGCGCAGUCCUUUCUCGAUGGGUCGUCGAAGACGUGUUCAAUCGAUAUUUCCAUCCUGGCCUGGAACGCGGGUUCAGCGAACGCCUGAAAACCGUUGAAAUGAAUCUGCGCCGUCAACAAGUGCAAGUUUUCAAUGAAGACGAUAAAGAGAAUCAGGUCGCUCGCAUCUCGAACUGGAGACGAACUACACUAGACGGAUUAACGGAUCAGAUACAAUCUAAGUCUACUCAAGAAAAUAUGGAUCAGUUGGUGGAGUAUCUGGUCGAGAAGCUAUCGGCCAUGUUGCAGUGCGAUUUGCAGGAUCCGGCUCCACCUGAACUUGCGCAUUAUACGCGCAUGAUUGUUGAGAAUGCGAUUAAUAUUGCCGAAAAGAUCCCACAAGAAGCAAGGGAUAUUGUGGUUGAUUACAUUGUGCCGGGAAGUCUUGUGUCGGAGAUAAAUAUGAAGGUUGAGACCGGGUUACCGCCGUUGACGCGUCCAGUCGCUGCUGCGGGGAGAGAUGAUAAUAAUAUCGCGACGAGCGGAGAGAACGAUGAGAUGGAGACAGAUACGAAGGAGACAGCAGCAUCACAAUCUGACCAGAGUAAAAAUGCAGCACAUAUCCCGCAAAGCCGUGAACAGAGAAAGAAAUAUCCAUUUGGAAGUUUGAUGAGUAAGAAAUCUUCGACACCAACACAGCCACAACAGAGCCAGAAUCAGGGAACGACCUCAUCACCUGAGAAAACGACAAAUAACAAAGAACGAGAUGAGCAAUUACAGCAACAAGAUAAACGUGGGCGAGUACGGUUUUCGACGUUUAUGAUGGUGGAGGUUAAGGGUAGAGGGCCGAAUAAUGUGCUUAUUCAGGCACCGGUAUAUACCAUCGAAUAA